AUGGGGUUAUCACCUUUACAGACAGAGCUGGAAGCUCUACCUUGGGCUAUGCAGAGUAUGUUAGUCCAUAAUAAACGGCGAAUGAACUUUCAAACGGACUGCGCAGAUUUGGUUAAGAUGGUGUCCAGACCGAAAGAGUGGCCGGCGUUUGAAAAUCUACUUGCAGAGGUUGAGAAGUACAAGAGGCAGUUCCAGGCGUUCUCCUUAACCCACAUCCCAAGAACGAAGAACACAAAGGCAGACAAGUUAGCAUGGAAUUCUCGAGAUCAGCCUUACGAUGUGUAUUAUAUUAACUCAGUUCCACCGGUCUCGCUUCCCGAACCACUGUAG